UGUUUUAAUCUCUUAAAAUAUAAAAUUCAUUACUUAAAAUAUACGUUAACUAAAAACACAUGUCAACUGCGUGCAAAAGUUUAUUAUUAAAGAAAAUGUAUUGGAAAUCGCUUUUAAAAUACUUUCGAGUAUUUGUACUCGCACCGGAUAAAUCGGUACUUGUAAUGGUCUGCAAAUUUACAGCACCAGCAUCAACAAUUGUAGUGAGAAAAGAAAUACACAGUCAUCAUUUUCGUGAGAUUAGAUUAGGCAUUCCAGUUAAUUGUGAUAUUCACUGGAGGAAUUCAGUGCAAGUAUGACACUUUUAUAAGACAAAAAUCUGCCGAGCAUGGGCGCAACUACAAAAUACUCAACUAAAGUACAACAUUCCUAUGGUUUAUAAGAGCUUCUAAAAGCAUACGACCCACCCGAAAUCUGUCCAGCAGCCCCAUAUUUACAUAAAACUGCAACUAUUUUAAAUCAACAUGUCCAGUACACAGACACAACGUCAAGGUCGUUGGUAUUUUGGUGGUAUAGCCAGCGCUGGUGCCGCUUGCUGUACACAUCCGCUGGACUUGAUUAAGGUGACGCUGCAAACACAGCAGGGCAAAUUGUCUGUGUUACAGCUAACCGUGAAAGUUGUGCGGGAGCAAGGCGUUUUGGCACUCUACAAUGGCUUGUCUGCUUCCGUCCUACGUCAAAUGACGUACUCAAUGACGCGUUUCGGUAUCUAUGAAUCAGGAAAGCAACAAAUCAAUACCGAUACAUUCCUUGGCAAAAUCACCUUAGCAGGUUUGGCUGGCACUGCUGGUGGUAUUGUCGGCACACCGGCCGAUAUGGUGAAUGUACGCAUGCAAAACGACGUCAAAUUGCCAGCAGAUCAGCGUAGAAAUUACAAAAAUGCGAUCGAUGGUUUAAUCAAAGUAUAUCGCCAUGAAGGUUUCACGCGUCUAUUUUCGGGUGCUACCACUGCUACCGGCAGAGGAGUUCUUAUGACAAUUGGUCAAAUAGCAUUUUAUGAUCAAAUCAAAGCAAUGCUGCUAACCACACCCUACUUCAAGGAUGAUUUAGCAACACAUUUCAGCGCCUCACUGGCGGCUGGCGCUAUUGCCACCACACUCACACAACCACUGGAUGUGCUUAAGACACGUUCCAUGAACGCCAAACCCGGUGAAUUCAAGGGCUUAUGGGAUAUUGUCAAGUUUACCGCGCGUUUGGGUCCGCUCGGCUUCUUCAAGGGCUACAUACCGGCAUUUGUGCGUCUUGGUCCACAUACAAUUAUCACGUUUGUUUUCUUGGAACAAUUACGUUUAAACUUUGGCAUUUUGCCAAAAGUAGAGGCUUCUGUGGUGGCUGCACAAUAAACUCGUAGGAAAACACAUGCACACAUCACAUUGCUGCCGAAGCACAAAGCAGCAAACUACUCGACAAAUGUUACAAACACAAAUUCAACUAUAAAUGCAUUACAGCAACAAAAUUGAUGUUUAGUGUACGAUAUAGAUAUACAUAACUGUGUAUUUCUAGUUUACGUUAAUAUUUUACCUUGGACAAAAUGCAAUAAGUAUCAGCCAGUUCAUGGUCAAUGUGCACUCAUAUUCAUUUUUUGAUAUAUAUAUAUAUGUAUGUUUGUAUGUAUAAGUAUAAAAUUGUAAUUUUGCAUUUAGCAUGCAUUGUGCUUAAUUGCAUACUUAAGCGAAAAUUUUUAGAAACAUUUACAGCCGCACAGCAAUGACAGUGACAGUUUGUAUGAAUAUAUUGAGAGUCAUACAGCUAAUAUUCAUAUUUAUUAACACAAAAGUGGUUUCUUUCUUUAAUUUGCCGAUGCUUUCAAAAUAUUUGUCUACUAAUUAUGUAUGUCAUUUAAUAUUUUGUACAAUUUUAACAAAAAGUAAAUGUUUGCUUCUCAACUAGUUGCGUUUACAACGCUUAUACACACACACAUUGAUACAUACAUGAAUGCAGCUAUUGGCGUUGUUGGCGGCAGCUUCAUAUAUAGUAUGCAUAUAAGUGUUGUUGUUGUUAUUAUAUUUGGAAUGCAAUAUACCGUUUUUACAGCUAUUUUACCUACUAGAAACGCAUUAAAUGCAAAACGGCUAACAGUAACUGACAUUCCUAAUUCAUAUAAAUACUAUUGUAUUUGCAAAUAGUAUAUGUAUAUGUUAAAUGUAGGUGUAUUACUUUUAAGUGCAAAUGUUUGUAAACAAAAAAAGAAAACAAGAUUAUUUAGCCAAUUAGUUACUCUAAAAAUGUAUGCUUGACCGCACACAAGGCUUUGCCUUUGCGCACAAUUUGUUAAUUCCCGUAAAAAACCUAUAAUAUAAUUAUAAGUAAGCACUUUUUCUAUCUCUAGACGCUGUCCUUUAUUUAUGUUCUAUUGUUAUUGUUCUCUUUUUUAAUGACAUUUGUUUUAUUUUAAUUAAAUUAAAAAUAAUAUUAAACGUAAAUUGUUAUAGUUGUAUCACUAUUUUAACUUUAAAUGUGAAAAAAUUAAAUUUCUUUAUUGCAAUUUGGAACAUUAAGCUUGUUAAAAAUAAAAUCUGUGUAAAAUCUAAUUAAAUUGAGUUUUAAUUAAAAUCUUGGAAGUGUAAAUUAACUGUGUUGAUUAAUAUUGGGACUCCCACUGGAAUUGAUUGGCGCACACCUGUGGCGUGGAACGACUAAGUAAUCUAUAUUGAUUUUCAUCACAGCGCUGAUGUGGUAGUGGAGUGGGUAUGUCUCUAGCAUGCAGUGUAAAUUAGCAUUUUUUAACUUAAUUUUCAUAUAAGGAUAUGCUGACUAACACAAAAACAACAUUGCGAAAGGUAAAUGCAUCGGAGAGCUCAUUGUGUCAAUGGUCCUCCCAAAGGUGCGUCGAAAGACAACCAAGAAUCCUAACCUAGUCUAGCUUAUAUCAAAACUACAAGUUCGUUCCUAACACAAACGGGCGUAAGCAACGAGAACGAACUCUUUAUCCGGUUAAUAUUUGAUAUUGCAACAACAACAACUAACUAUAUACAGUUUUGUAGUUAAAAAUGCAUUAAAAGCACUUAACAAUUUUUAAGAAAUGCUACUUUGGACACCAACUAAUUUUGAAACAAAGUGCUUUCAAUCCGGGUUUAAUAGUCUCACGACGAAGGUGUAUAUAAAAGGGCCACCACGGGCACGCUUACAGAAUUCAGGACGCUGAACCCAAUUUUCGAAAGUUUUCAAGCAUAAAUCGGCCGAUACUGCUGCAAACGUUCGAUUUUUGGCAUAGACCAUACACUUAACGAAGCCCCACAGCAAAUAAUCUAACGGGGUCAAAUCGCAUGACCGAGGCGGCCAAUUGACUGAGCCAAUUCGUGAGAUAACACUUUCACCAAACUUGGUUUUCAAUAAAUCGAUUGUGACAUUCGCUGUGUUGCUUGUGACGCCAUCCUGUUGGAACCACAUAUUUUCCAAGUCCAUAUCAUCGAAUUCGAUCCCAAAAUAUUCGGUUAUUUUGAGCGGUAGCGAUUCCCAAUCACAGUAAAGUGCCGCUCUUGAUCAUCACGGAAGAAGUACGGCCCAAUGACGCCGCCGCCCCAUAAACCGCGCCAAACCGUACAUUUUUCGUGAUGCACUGGUGACUCAUGGAGUACGUGUGGAUUGCUGCCUGACCAAUACCGCAUAUUUUGUUUAUUGACGAAGUCAUUCAGCCAGAAAGGAGCCCACCAUAAAUUGGACGUAGCGCGCUUAAAAUUGAGGCCACUGACUCCGAAUUUCGAUAGUAAAUUUUAAUAAUUUCAACUCGUUGUUGGAUCGUAUAUCUUUCCAUGAUGAAAUGGCAAACCUUACUGAAUAAAAAUGUCAAAAGAGCAUG